CUUUGCCCCACCUGGAACCCCAAGUUCUCAACCAUCCCGGAGUACUAAUUCAUUCCCCAUCUCCCUCUUCGAUAUUUAAACUCGUUUCUUCCCGCCGCCGUUCACUUGUUGCCGGCAGCUACAUACCCGGGUACUUAGCUCCUGGGCUCGAUCUCUUCGUGCUCCAUAACCCACCCUUAACCAAUCUCAACAGAUAUCUUCAAUGAAACACUGUCCAGUGAAAGACUGCUAGAGCACGGAGCCACGUAGGGCCCAUCAACCUCCGCUCAGGCGUGGUGAGGCGUGGCCAUGGUGUUCCCUAUCCUCGCUGCCGUUGGCGCUGCGUUCGCAGUCGCUAUCUACAAAUAUGUCUCGGGUUUGCGAAACAACCUUGCCAAAGCGCGCAGGACAGGCCUUGUCUAUAUAACUGUCCCUGUGAAUCCCAUCUGGGUCGUCUGGCAGCUCACGUUCAAGCUAUGGGUCCCCCUGAUCAAGCUGUUCUUGCCCAGGUCUUGGUGGGAGAACUGGCUCUUCGUCAUGAUCCCGGAAUGGGGAUAUAAAACGGGCCAGACACACUUUGACCGGCUGGGUUCCGAGACCUUCUUGGUCGUUACUCCCACCAAAAUACUGCUGUACAGCCAGAACGCCGAGGUGAUACACCGAAUCACGCAGCGCCGCGAGGCCUUCCCCAAGGAUGUGGCGCUGUACGAUAUCCUCUGCAUGUUCGGUAUGAAUGUGCUCACGACGGAGGGUGCCCUCUGGCGUAUGCAUCGCAAGAUCACCAGCGCCAGCUUCAACGAGAAGAAUGCCGCGCACACCUUCGCCGAGGCGAUCAAGCAGACCAGGGGGAUGCUCAACGUGUGGUUUGGCCCGGAGGGCGAGGAGAAGGGCACGACCAAGACCAUCAGAUCUCUGGAGCACGACACCAUGACUUGGGCGCUCAACAUCAUCGGCUACGUCGGGUUUGGCCUCCGCCUGCUUUGGCCGGGCGAGCAGCUGCCCAGCGAUACUGACCCCAAGCUGGCCAAAUACGGCAGCUUGGACCCGGCGCCCGGGCAUACGAUGAGCUUUGCCGAGUCGAUCGCGCUCACGCUGGAGAGGAUCAUAGCCAUCCUCGUCUUCCCCGAUCUGCUGCUGAGAAUCCUGCCUUUCAAGUGGGCCAGAGAGACCCUCCACGCCAAGGUCAACUACACCAAGUACAUGGACGAGUUCCUGCACGACAAGAUCGAGGAGGCGCAGAGCGGCGGCGCCCCGAGGGAAGGCAUGGACAUCAUGGGCCAGCUGGUGCAGUCCAAGUACGGCGCGAAAGCCAGCAAGGAGGGCGGCGCUAGCGGCGGCGGCAGCGGUAGCAGCGCCAAACUCGAGGACAGCGACAUCAUCGGGAACGCCUUCAUCAUGACGGUGGCGGGGCACGAGACGACGGCCAACACGCUGCACUUCGCGCUCGUCGAGCUGGCCGAGAACCCGGCGACGCAGCGGCGGCUGCAGCGGGACAUCGACGCGCUCUUCGGCGACGCGGACCCGGCCACGUGGGACUACGAGAAGAGCAUCAACGCGGUGCUCGCCAGCCACGUCGGCGCGUGCGUCAACGAGACGCUGCGCCUCGUACCGCCCGUCACGGGCGUGCCCAAGAUCGUUACGCCCGACGCCGACCAGCCCAUCACCAUCGAUGGCCGCACCCACGUGCUGCCCGCCGGCACCUCCUGCACGCUGCUGGCCGUGUGCGCCCAGCGCAACCCGCGCUGGUGGCCCACCAAGCCGAGCGAGCGCACGGGGGCGCCCCACGACCUGGACGACUUCCUGCCCGAGAGGUGGUACCGCUCGCGCAGCGACGACGAGCACAAGGACGACCACGACGACAUCGACGACGCGGCCGACUACGGCGGGUUCCAGGGCAGCGACGUCAGCGCGUCGCUGUACCGCCCCGUGCGCGGCAGCUACAUCCCCUUCAGCGACGGGCCGCGGUCGUGUCUGGGCCGGCGCAUCGCCAUGGUCGAGAUGGCCGCCGUGCUGGCCGUCAUCUUCCAGAGGUACAGCAUCGAGCUGGCGGUGGACGAGUGGGCGAGCGACGAGCAGGUGGCGGACAUGAGCCCGGCGGACAGGAGGGCGGUCUACAGGAAGGCGCAGGACAAGAGCCGGGCGACGGUCAAUGGGGCGGAUUCCGUGUUGACGCUCAAGCUGCGCGGUGGGAACCACGUCCCCGUGCGGUUGGUCAAGAGGGGGAUGGAGAGGUUUGUCAGUGAUCCGGAAUUGUCAUGAUUGCUUCAUGGUUUUGGAUGGAUUGGAUAACUGCGUUGGUUGUAUGUACGGGUAGGUAGAUUGGCAUUUCACAGCGCAGCCAUGUCUAGCGAGUAUGCAAGCACGAUAUCUUCACUUCUCUGCUCAGUAGUAAUAGGUAGUUACACCGCUACGGAUGCAAGAUAGUUAAAGCCAGGACAUUGAUCCUUUUGGAUUCCCAG